AUGGAAGUCGAUAUAAGAUCUGGUGUUACACAACAUACUGAGUCCCUCAUGUUAAGAAAUAAAUCUCACCUGAAGAGUCACGGUGGAAACUUGACAAGUCUGAUAAAGUUGGGCAGAAGGCUAAAAACCAUAAAGAAACAAACCUUUAAGAAGAGAUAUGGUAACCUGUUGAGUCUAAUGGAGGUAGAAGUGUCGUCGCCUGCUAUCACAGCCUUCGCACAGUAUUAUGAUUCCCCGCUAAGAUGCUUCACCUUUCAAGAUUUUCAGCUAGCACCAACUAUAGAGGAGUUUGAGCACAUUCUGGGAAUGCCACUUGAGGAUACCAUGCCAUAUCAGCAUUUGGAACAUCAUGCCUCUAUCGCGACUAUUGCUGCCAUAAUGAAACUACAUCCCAAAGAACUUGAAGACAGGUUGGUAACAAGGAAUCAAGUACGUGGACUGACACAAGGAUUUUUGGAGCAACACUUGCAUUAUCUAGCAGAAGGAGAAGAUUGGGAGACUUUCAUGGAUGUGUUAGCUCUUACCGUGUAUGGCAUCGUGUUAUUUCCAAAAGUAGAGGGCUUUGUGGAUUAUACCGCAAUUGAUGUUUUCGUGGCAAAAAAGACGAGAUCUGAGAAUCCCGUAACAGCGGUCCUUGCGGAUGUUUAUGGGACCAUGAGUUUUUGCCACGAGAGAAAAGGGAAGAAAAUACUUUGUUGUCUAUCGGCGUUGUAUGUGUGGAUGACUGCGCGUCUAUGUAAGGGGUCGGGUGAUAUCAGGUGUCCGUCGAAAGAUCCUUCGCACCAAGGGCUCAAAGACAAAGGAGGGAAUGAGUGGGCCCAAUUCUUUGCCAGUUUGAAUGGAGGAAAAGUAAGAUGGCGUCUCCCUUGGCUUGAGACUAAGCCCUCUAUCCAUUAUUGUGGCCCAUUUUCCAAUGUACCCCUCAUAGGUACUCGAUAUUGCAUAAAUUAUAACCCUAUCUUGGUUCAAAGGCAAUUCGGACAUCCCAUGAAAGGGGCACCCUCGCCGGAAUACCUUACAACGUUGUUCAUCUAUUAUGAGGAUGGGCACUUCACUGAAAUAUUGAGGAAAGUCAGAAGUGCUUGGGAAAAUGUUAUGCGAGCAGAAAAGGAUUUAAGAUUGGGGGUGAUCGACGACAAAAUUAAUUAUCACACCUGGAUCUGGGAAAGGGUAAAGGAAGUCAAAUUGCCUUUCAAACCGAUCGUUCAGCUAGCUUACGAAGGGCCAUCCCGAGAACUAGAAAGCGAUGAGGUGAAGCAAUUGAAGAUAGAGAUGAAAAAACUGAGGGAGCAGAAUGAUAGGUUGGGAAAAGAAUUGCAGACUGCGCGCAACGAUUUGGUUGAUAUGAGGAAUGAUAAAGAAGAAAAAGCAUAG